AUGGUCAACACUCCGGUGAACCCGGAGCAAAGGGAGAGAGACAUCAACGAAAAGCUCCAGUAUUACGGCAUUUUCUCAGCUUUCUCUAAUGGCAAAGCUCCUUCGAACAAACAAAUCGACGUUGCUUUAAAUAGCGUUCUCGCCUCGAAGUCACUGUCUAGUCCAUCAUCCGAGCUCUCAGCUGAAACUCGACGGAUCAUUGAAGAUAUUCGCCAUGUGAUAAUCAGCGCGAGGAACCUCGUUUUAGUCAAGAACGAGGGCAAUUUGAUCCAAGAAUUUAUAUGGGAUGCUGAGCACUUCAAAGGCCCAGGAGAUGUUCAAGCCCCAGAUACUUCCGGUGAAAAGACGGCGGCCAAACAGAAUGCUCAACAGACAGCAGCUGGCCUCAAGACCCUUGGCACUCUAUUGAUCACCAAUGGUCAAUUUAGGAAGCUUCUGCAAGAUGCAACUCUCCUGAUACGCGAUAUGGCCAGCGACACCGCCCAAAAAGCAGCCGGCGCCAUCAGGCCAUCAGAGGAGCAUAUGGCCCAGAUUGAUCAGCCAGCCGAUGACAAUGUAUGGCAUGAAUCCCCCGAUAUGUCCAAGGAUUCCUUCAUGUCACGUUUCAAAAACAAAACAAAGAUGGACAAGACUCAGGGUAACGGAGUCGUUGAUGGGGUCAAUGGAUCGCACGCUACUAACGGUGUUAAUGGUGUCAAUGGUGUCAACGGAGUGGACGGUGUUCCCACCGGUCAGCAAACUGGCACUUCUGGCACUACCGAUGAUGUCGCGGAAAUUCAAGACCAAGCUGCCUCCAAAGCUAAGCAACGUUCGAAGGAAGCAACAGAGCGCACCAAAAAGUUCCUUGCCGAAAAGAUGCCACCGGAACGUCGAGAGCAGACAAUUUGGCGCAUUAAGAAAAUGAUUGUUGAAAUCCAAGGUCACGCCGAUUACCAGCAAGCUAUCGAGACACUUCUAUCUAUCGCAGAGGGAUACAGUGAACGCACAAGGUCCCUGUCCAAGCAAGGGGCAGGAACUUUAAAAGGUGCAAGAGAUCAUUCGGAUACUGAGAAAUUGGAAUCUAACCUUCGAACUGUAAUCGAACGAUUUGCGAACUCCACCUCGACCGAUGAUUUAUUUGAUUCCAUCAAGAAAUUCUACAGAAACGCCGACAAAGACCCUCGACUGAGAGAUUGGUUCCGGAACCUAGACACCUUCAUUCGGUAUACUACUCCCCUCUUAACCAGAACUGGCUGGAAAUGUCUCAAAGAACAAGGGUUUGUUUUGCGUGAUGAAUCAACUGCGGAGUGGAAUAGACUGUACGAUGAAGGUCGAUUCUUGCUCACCAAACGCUACAAGCAAGACACGGAUGAAGUCGUGGAGGAGGGUAAAUUUUUGGCAAACCAAUUCGAUCAAGACCCACUAAACAGGGAGUUCGGUCAAUCAUUGAAGAAAUUCUUUAAUCACCUUGGCCAUGAUACUAGCGGAAAUGUCGUUUUCCAGAAGUCCCUUCUGAAAGAUUUCAUGAGUACUGUUCUCCCAGGAAUAUUUACCAACCUCCGAUAUAUCCCAGUACCCCGAAUUGAAGUGUCUGAUCCAAUGGUAGACGUGGUUAUCGAGAACUUGGCUAUCCAAUGCGACAACCUCAUGCCUAAUAUCAUGGAAUUCAGCAGUGACAACUACUGGAGAUGGGGCAGAAAGAACAUUGGUAACCACAAUGACAACAAAGCCAUGAUCUCUGCCACGGGCAUCCAAACUGACUGGAGAGACGUGAGUUACUACAUCAAGAAAAAGCAAGGAUUCCCACACGUUUCAGAUACGGGUGUUAUGGAUAUCUUCAUGGGAGGCGAUGGAUUCAGCUUCAAAAUCAUGGGUUCAUCGGCACAUAGCAAGGAUAAACAACACUUCAUUAAGGCUGACAAGGUCGUUGUCAAUAUCAAAAACUUGGAUAUCAGGCUGAAGAAAUCCAAGCACAAGAUGCUCUUUACUCUCUUCAAACCUUUGCUCUUGUCGGUGGUUCGACCCGCUAUCCAAAAGGUCCUAGAGCUGCAAAUCCGACAGUACUUUACAAAGGCGGAUAAAUUCGCCUAUCAAGUCCACCAAGAGGCGAACCGCACCAUGGAGCUGUCGAAGAAUGACCCUGACGACAAGCGAAACGCAUACUCCCAUUACAGUGCUGCUCUGAAGUCGCAAAUGGACGCACGCAAGCAAAGGCUUGAGGCGGCUAAGAAGGACAAGGCUCCUAGAGACACCAAGGUCAACGUCGCUUUCAACCAAUACGACACCAUGUUCAAAAACAUCGUCCUCCCUAGCGGUAUUUCUGCCAAAGCAACCGAGUAUAAAGAUCUUGCUGCUAAGGGCGAGAGAUGGGAGUCUCCUGUGUUUGGCGUUGGUACUGCAGCUCCAACAACCGGUCUUCCGCGACUAAACCCCAUCAAGCGAAAGUACCGAAACCGCGGAGGCGCAGGCGGCAUGGGUGGUGUGGGCGGUAUGGGCGGCGUUCAGCAGCAGACCCAACCCAUGGCCCAAUCUCACGCCAGACUAGAGGCGGUGCCAGAACCCACCCAUGUCAUGCCUACAAAGAUGACAGGCCUUGCUGACGGGCUGAUGACCAUUCCUGGAACUAGCGCACCGGUCUAA